UUGGCUGAUCUGUUGCUCGACCUGUUUGUUAAUCUCUCCGUGUGCUUUAUUAAAACACCAGGGCUGGUUUUCUCAGCGAGGCUCAGCCCGCCGGCACCGGGACAGCAGACGGCUCGGGCAGACCCGGCGAUGCCUGCCCCGGAACCGCAGCGGGAGCCAGUAAUGUAGCUCGGCGGCCAUCGGGGUUCCUUCUUUUUUUUUUUUUGUUUUUUUUUUCUUUUUUUGUUCCCCUCGGACAGAACCAGCCCUCCCCUCAGAACCAGCAGCGGGGCCAUGGCCGGGAACGCGCGGCGCGGCGCCGGGCUGAUCGGCCUGAUGAAGGACGCCUUCCAGCCGCACCAGCAGCCGCCGCACCAGCACCAGCCCAGCCCGGUGGACAAGAAGAUGGUGGAGAAGUGCUGGAAACUCAUGGACAAGGUGGUGCGUUUGUGCCAGAACCCCAAGGUGGCGCUGAAGAACAGCCCUCCCUACAUCCUGGACCUGCUGCCGGAUACCUACCAGCACCUGCGCACCAUCCUGUCUCGGUACGAGGGCAAGAUGGAGAUCCUGGGGGAGAACGAGUACUUCCGCGUGGUCAUCGACAACUUGACCAACAAGACCAAGCAGACCAUGAGCCUCUUCAAGGAGACCAAGGAGAGGAUGUUUGAGGAGAACUCCCAGCCCAGGCGUAACCUCACGAAGCUGUCGCUCAUCUUCAGUCACAUGCUCGCGGAGCUGAAGGCCGUCUUCCCCAACGGCCUUUUUCAGGGCGACAACUUCAGGAUCACCAAAGCUGACGCGGCUGAAUUUUGGAGAAGGUCCUUUGGGGACAAGACCAUCGUACCUUGGAGGACAUUUCGUCAGGCUCUGCACGAGUUUCACCCCAUCAGUUCGGGUCUGGAGGCCAUGGCGCUCAAAUCCACCAUCGACCUCACCUGCAACGACUACAUCUCCGUGUUUGAGUUUGACAUCUUCACCAGACUCUUCCAGCCGUGGUCGUCUCUGCUCAGGAACUGGAACAGUCUGGCCGUCACGCAUCCAGGCUACAUGGCCUUCUUGACCUACGACGAGGUCAAGGCUCGGCUGCACCGGUUCAUCCACAAACCCGGCAGCUACAUCUUCAGGCUGAGCUGCACUCGUCUGGGCCAGUGGGCCAUCGGCUACGUGACGGCCGACGGGAACAUCCUGCAGACCAUCCCCCACAACAAACCCCUCUUCCAAGCCCUCAUCGAUGGAUAUAGAGAGGGAUUCUACCUUUUCCCGGACGGCCGAGCGCAGAACCCGGACCUCACAGGGCUGUGUGAACCUUCUCCCCAGGACCACAUCAAAGUCACUCAGGAGCAGUACGAGCUCUACUGUGAGAUGGGCUCCACGUUCCAGCUCUGCAAGAUCUGCGCAGAGAACGACAAGGACGUGAAGAUCGAGCCCUGCAGACACCUGAUGUGCACCUCCUGCCUGACGGCCUGGCAGGAGUCGGAGGGUCAGGGCUGCCCGUUUUGCCGCUGUGAGAUUAAAGGCACGGAGCCCAUCGUGGUGGAUCCCUUCCACCCGAAAGCUGGCGGAGCUUCGUUCGCCGGCUUUCAGGCCUCCAGCCGAGCAGAAGCUGCCGCCAACGAGGACGAAGAGGACGACCGGCUGGAAGACCAGCACCUCGUCAUGAGCAGACUCGCUUGUCGCAAGGUGGAGCGGCCAGCGUCUCCGGUGUCUCAGCUGCCUCCGGUUCCUCCACGGCUGGACCUCCUGCAGCAGAGAUCCUCCAGCUCCCACGCUGCCCUGGGGCCGGGGGCCACGGCCAAGAUCCCGGCCACUCACAGAGACAAGCCUCUACCUCCUCCUCCAGCCCUCAGAGAGCUGCCGCCCCCCCCGCCCCCGGAGCGCCCUCCCCUGGUGGGCCAGGAGUCCUCCAGGCUCCAGAGGAGGCCGCUGCCCUCCACCCCCGACCAGCCCGCCUGGGCGUCCAACUACAUGGUCCCCAGACCUGCAACGAAAGCCCCGGUGGCGGCGGUGGUGGCGGCGGCGUCCUCCAGCGCUCUGAGCAACGGCACCAACGGAGAAGGAAGCAAAACCCACCACGCAGCCACCAACGCCGUCUACUGUCUGGCUGCCAGGUCUCUGUCGGUGGUUUCCGGAGGAGAAAAACCAUCAUCUGACUCUGAGGAAAACGAGUACAUGAGUCCCACCUCCCUCCCCGUUUCCGGCGUCCAGUGGGUCAUAACGGGCUCUUUGGUUCCUCCCGCGCCACAGACCAACAACCAGAGCGACGUCAGCAGCGAGCCGGGCGACGGCGACAGCGACACCGAGGACCCCCAAGUGUACGAGUCCAUGUGCAUCAUCCAGGCUCAGGCCGGCGGCUCGGAGGCGGCGCCGGCGGCCGACACCGAGCAACAUCCAGCUGUGGUCUCCCAGGACAAGAAGGAGGACACGAGUGCGGAGGACAUUUACGACUGUCCCCGGCCCGUCGUCCCCCCCGCCCCCACCAGAAGAACCGUAUCAGAGAUCAGCGGUCCCGCCGCCGCCUUCAGCACCCUCAGCAUCGACGCGCCACUGGACACCAGUGCCUUUGCAGCAGGAGUGGAGCCUGAGCGCCCCCCCAAACCGCUCCCACGUCGAGCCAACUCGGACCGGCGGCCUCGACCGUUCAACCGCGAGUUCUCUGCUCCCUUGCCCGAGCUCCCCGGUCCCUCCUCGGCCUCGUGUCCCCCUGCUCCUCCUCCUCCUCCUCCUCCUCCCAGCGGCCCGGGGAGCCUGGCCCUGAACGGGGAGAUCGAGUGCCUGAUGUCCCAGGGCUACUCCAUCCAGGACAUCCAGAAGGCCCUGAUGAUCGCCCAGAACAACCUGGAGACGGCCAAGAACAUCCUGCGCGAGUUCGUCUCCAUCCCCUCCGCGGCGCACAUCGCCACAUAGUCGCUCCGGUCCGGCUCGUCGUCCGCGCCGCCGCUCCGUGCCGUUGCCAUGGACACCUCUGCCGAGCACUUUCCUGCAGUUCUGCGUUCAGAAGACAAACAUCCAAAGUCAGUUGUGGCUAUGUGUCGGGUAUUAUUUACUUUCCAAGGUUUUAGUUGGACUACUUUGGAGCCAGUGCCAAGUAACCGCCCCGGAGGUUGGAGGUUCAGCCAGAAGGACCAGAGGGACGUUGGCGUCCGCCGGUUCAUGCAUGACAGAAGCUUUGACUGCUGGAGCGUCUCCCUCCAGUCCCGCUGUCCGCGGCUCCUCCGGGCUUCCUGGGUUGAUUCUGGCGUACAAAGUUUAGUCGGACGUUAGCCGAGCUCUGUGGCGUCUGUGGCGUUUGGGUCCAGUAUGGCGUUGCUUGGCGUCGUUGCAUCGCUGUGGUUGGCUCCUCCGUGUUCAGCUGUGCUCUCAUGGUGUUCAUCGAUGUUUGUUGUGCUAACAAUAACUGAGCUAGAGUUGUUUUUCUUCUAAUUUCAUCAUUUCCUGUGUGAGGGUGUGGUCAGGGCGGCUUUAGGCGACGCCCACACCAAACCCCACACGUCUACUUGCUCUAAUGUGAAGCUAACGGUGAGUUUUCAGGUGAUCGUGCAUCUUUACUUUCCAAACAUUGUUUACGUCACUACCCUUCAUACCCCCACGUUCAUUUGGUUGCUAGGCGACCUGUCCACCAGGGUGACGGGUCGACUACCGAUACCAACAAACAUGGCGGCUGGAUUUUAUUUGCGCUCGUAAUAAACUGAAGGAAACAAACGCAGCUGUGCGGACGGACCGCUACAACUUAAUGUUCAAAUGUUCACAUUAACAAAUCAUGAAGAAGAAGCUCCUCGACCUGAGAAACUCACCCUUCAUGAGAUGCCCCGCCUCCUGUCAGUGAUUGAUCAUGUUUGUUCUGGCUGUUUUCAGUUAUAACGGUGAACGAGGAUCAUGUUUUUAUUGUUUUUUUUUUUACUAAAGUGUACUUAUGAGAUGGGCAGCUGGUGUAUGAAGGGGAGACGGUAGAAUUACUUACCCUACCUUUAACUCCACAUCUGAGCUGCAGCUACAUGUGCGGGAGGAGGAGCCGGCUGUUGCUUCCUGUGGCGUUUUCAGCCCGUUUUCACUGGUCUGCAAGUCCACGGAGCAAAAGUGUCAGUCGUUGGUGUUUCUGGUGUAAUGAGGACGGAGAUCUGGGAGGUUCCAGUGUGGAUGAGGACCAGUGUCGUUUAGCAAUGAACUUGAAGUAGUGCGGGCGGGGCCUGAGUCUAAAACGAUUCCUAAAAGGUAAACCAGGUCAGCAAGUCACAACAGUCUCAGACCUGGGCCCGUGUUCCUCUUCUCAGCUAUGAAUCCUGGGAAAACUUGAGGACCCGGCCGGCUCUUCAGACCGUUCUGACUGGACGUUAAUCUGUUCCACUUCUGCGUUCUAAUAACUCUCCUCGCAGCAGCUAACUUCACGGCCAUCUUCAGAUAUUUACAGACAAACCCAGAAACGUUCACGUCUGCAGAAGGAAGAUGAACGUUUGAACUUUUACUUUGAAUUUGAGAUCUGUGUUGGAGCCAAACGGGCGUCUCAGGGAGGGAAACCGAGCUGGUCGUUGCAGAUUCACCCCUCAAACAUUCCACAAACGUUUGAAUUAAGAUGUUUUAGAUGAUGAAACGGAGACGUUUCCGUUACAUGAACAGUAUCUGGAGCCACCAGAAGAUCAGUCAGUCCUCAGUUACAGCAAAAUGAAAAUCUCCUUGAUUAAGAAUUGUAAUCAGACUCAAAUAUUCACUGGUGUGAUGAUGUUGGAGGUUUUACUCACAGAGUUGAGUUCCUAAAGUCACAAAUCUCCAAAAUUAUAAAAUUAAUUCAGACUUUUUGUGUUUUCUACAGUUAAUAAAAUUACAGAUUCAUAUGUAUUUCAUAAACGAAAUCCGGUUAUGAAAUAUGAAAUAUAUUAUUUGAUCAUGCUCAGCAAAUAUUGGUGUUGACUCACAAGGAUUAAUUAACACUGUUUGUUUGGCGACUUCAAGUUCAAAUCUGACCUGUUUUGUUGAACUAAUCCACAUAUUAGAUGUUAAACUCUUCAACCCUGAACUUGAUGACAAGCAAUGAAAUCAUCGCUUUAAAAACAGAAACCUUUUCCCUGCAUUCAUCUACUUCCUCCAAAUAAUCGUAUAAAUCCCCGUCUGAACGGACCAGAACUAAAACUCUUAUAGUAUUUAACGCCGAGCGCGGUGGCGCUUUCUGCUGGACAAACAUUGUAACUACCAGAGUUGUUGCAGACACGUUUGUCUCAGUAGCUCUGGUUGUAAAGAAAAGAUCUCAUCCUACUGGUUUGACUCGUUUAUUUUAUUUCUUUAAACAUCAACAUGUGUAAAAGGAUUCUACGAUCUCAGACUAAAACUCCUGCGGUUGUGAUGAUGCACCUGCAGUCGCUAAAACAUCUGUAAAAACACUUGGCUAGAAACGUGUCUCACUUCUGGACUGAAGUCUGCGGGACAAACUUUCCUCCACGUUGACUCAUCGCCGUGUUUCCUUCAGACUCGCCGGUAAACUCUUCACAUCCAGUAACUAACCGUCUCUGUUGGUUAAUCUUCUCAGCUAGCCUUCUCAACACAAACUAACUUAAGAGUUCAUUGCUUUGUUAUUGCCUGUGUAGAUAUGAAUUUAUUUAUUGUCUUUUUAAUAUCCUCUGCAUUCAUUGUGCUGCCAUGUUUUCAUGCCUAAGCCAUUAAGAUUUUUAAUUAAACUGUAUUUUCUUUAA